CCAGUUAUUCUCACCUUUAGAACCAGAAGAAACAGAUGGCUGGAAGCUGAAGUUGCUCUACUCAAACCUCUUUUUUUUUCUUAUCCCGCCAGCACCUGAGCUCCCCCAACUUAAACCAGCUGUCUCAAUCAAACCAGGCUCAAGACAAGCUUCAGCCAGCCAUCUCUCACUCUACCAAUCACUAUUUAAACAGGCUCCAACUCCCCAUCCAACCAAAAACAACCAACCAUUCUGACCAACAAAAUCAUCCACUACUCUUCAUUCACACAUUCAUACUCAAUCCCGACGAUCCACAACGCCUGCAGCGAAGAACCCUACGCCACUUCACACUUCUAAGCACUUCUACACAGCCACAAACUCAGCCCAAUUUCUUCCGACCCCCACCAUACACACACACACACACACACAUGGCCAACUCAUUCUACCCUCACCAACCCAGGCCAAGCCUCCCUCCGGUCCCUCCUCAACUCAAACACCACCCUUCCACCGGCCACCGCCCUCCUCUGCCGCCCGUACCAUCAGACUAUCGUGCUCAAGCUGCUGCUGAACAACAGCGUCAGCAUCACUACGAAGUGCCUGCUCCCUAUGCGCUCACAGCCGACAACCUCAGACAGAUAGACUACUUCAACUCACCUGCCCCCGCUCAUCCACCCCACCCACCUCAGCCCAUACGCUCCCAGUCAACCGCACCUCCCCGCUCCUCGCCGAUCCCAGCUCAUUCCUCCUACGCAGGAGCCUACCCCACCACCGCCCCACUCGCCCGGGCUCAUUCUCACCAGAACCAAUCUCAUCCAUCCUCGGCCGGCCAGCUCUUCCUCGAACCCAGCCCCCGGCUCACCAACUUCCCUUCCCACUCGAACUAUGGACCCCCUCAGCCGGCCUACAACGUUCGCUCGGAACCAACCAGCCCUGGCAUCCUCUCUCACAGCAAACCGAUCUCCCUCCCCGUCAUCGACCUUGACAUGCUCACGGCGCUCUAUGAACAGCAUUUCAGGCAAAGCUCCGACCCGGUUGGUCAGGUCCAGUGGGCAUCCAAGGUCUUCAAGUUCAUCGAACGCUCCCAGGGUCUCGAGGCUUCCUCAGCCCCUCCUUCGCCCUCACCCCAAGACCCCAAAUCUGCACAAACCUCCAAGAUCUCGGACCCCUUACUAGUCAAAUACACUGACAUCGCCCUCAAGACUGUCCUGAAAUAUGCCGACGGGAACCCCCAUCUGGCUAACGGGGGCGCCGAGGCCCUAUAUCUCAGGGGAGACCUCUAUUCCACGGGCGCCUUCCCCUCCUAUCGGGCUAAGGACCCCAUGCUCGCUUUCAGAGACUUCGAGGCCGCCGCUCAUCUUGGCUAUUAUCUUGCUUGGUUUAGAAUCGGCAGAGAGUACGAGAAUUGUGAGGAUUGGGAUAGGGCUAUUGGGGCUUAUGAACAUGGACUUGCCUUUGAAGAAUGUGCAUGUGUUUAUAGACUGGGUAUGUCUUAUCUACUAGGCCAGAUGAACUUACCAGUCGACAUGGCCCAAGCGGUAGUCUUUCUGAAGAAAGCGGCCCAACUAGCGAACGAGGAGACUCCACAGCCGGCGUACAUCUAUGGGAUGAUCCUUGCCGGAGAGUUCGAGUCGUUGCCCCAGAUCCCCCACGAGAUCUUGCCCCCAAACCUCAGCGAAUCAAGGUAUAUGAUCGAAAAGGCCGCCUAUCUGGGCUUCGCUGCCGCCCAGUAUAAGAUCGGUUGGUGCUACGAAUACUCUCAAAUUACUUGCCCUUUCGAUCCGCUAUUAUCGGUCGAAUACUAUUCUUUAGCUUCUCAACAAGGAGAGAGCGAAGCCGACAUGGCCUUAUCGAAAUGGUUCCUGUGUGGAGCAGAUGGUCACUUUGCAGCGAAUGAACCGUUAGCAGUGACGUUUGCCGAGAAGGCGGCGAGGAAAGGACUAGGCUCUGCGAUGUUUGCGAUAGGAUACUAUCUAGAAGUAGGGAUAGCCGGACGACAGGAUGCAAAAGCAGCGCUUGAGUGGUACCAACGUGCGUGGCAAGACGGAGGCAACGAGGAUGCGCGGGAACGGCUGGCAAGUCUGGGCCAGGGUGGACACCUGUUAUCCCGGCAGCAACACGAGCAGCAUCUGGACCAGAAGCUAGUCCGCAAGCACACCAUGGCCGCCUCGCGCAGCCCGGCCGAGCCUCCCAGAUCCUCCCCCGGCGUCCGUCGUCGCGAAACCAUGCGUAGGGUCGAGAAGGCUCGCAGGGUGGCCGAGAUCGGUGUCCUUGGCUCUCGCCAGAGCUCCUCCAGCGACUCGCCGCCCUCCAACCCCGUCUCUGUCCCCACCACACCCGGAUCCCCUUACUCGCCUACUCGGAACGGUCACCACUCCAAGGAUAACAACACCCACGCCCCCCGAAACGGCCACAGUCCUGCUAAUCUUCGUCAACCCUCAACGCCUCCCCAUCAUCAUCAUCAUCAUCCUUCGAACCAAAACAGUCGUCCUCUCAUCCAUAAACAUUCGACCGGUCACAUGGUCAAUCGACUCAAUAGUUUCCAACUCUCCGAUGAUGGGCCCAUUCCCAACCCGCUCUCUGCAUCAAAGGAAAUCGACCAUAUCACGACCUCCACGCCGGCUAAAACCGGGCCUAAAACUCAGUUCAACUCGUUCGCUGACAUGGGCAUCCAAACCGCUAAAGCUAAAAAAACUGAGGAAUGCACCAUCGUUUGAGUCGUGUUCUCACCCCCCUUUUCCUGACUUCUUUUCUCCUUUUCUUCUUUUCUCAUUCUUUCUCCCUUUCUCUCUCUCACUUUCUUUAUUAUUCUUCUUACUUUCUGUUAUGAUUGGCUCCACACCAAUAAUCUGUUUCUUUUCCUUUUUUUCCCCAUCUCUUUUCUUUGCCCCUCUUCUUUUAUCUUCUCUUUUUUCUUUCUUAUCGUCGUCGUCAUCCUUGUUGUUGUUUCUGAUUACUUGAGAUAUUACACACAUAUCACACACAUGUGCUUUCACUUACUUGCUCAUGUAUACAUCAUGUGUACUUUUGCAUGCGUUCUCUUCAUGUAUGUAUUCCUGUCCCCCCUUCUUUUUUUCGAUAACAUUGUGGGAGACCAACUUCCUUUUUCCACUCCUCUUAUUCCUUCUCUUCCAUCAUCAUCACCCCUCCUUUCUUUCUUUCUUUCUUUCUUUCU